AUGACUCGCCAACCUGGAUGGAGGGAGGAGAUCACUGGUGUAUCGUUGAACUCGACUGGCAUAUUAUACGAUGACCCGCCGCCUCGGUACGGAUCAGGAAGUGGUCCCUACAACCUCGCCGAGGCUGCCUUUCGGGGCGACACAAGCAGAGUGCAGGAAAUAAUAGAAGUAACGAGAAACAACUUUGAUUCGGUGGAGAUGAAGAGAUACAAUGGAAUGACACCAUUAAUGGCAGCUGCUUUGAAUGGACACCUAGAUAUCGUCACGAUCUUGGUGCGGCACAAUAAUACUGCACUUGAGUCUCGGGACUGCGCCGGCGACACAGCACUAGUUUAUGCGGUGCGUGGAAACCAACCGAAGAUUGUGGGGUUUCUUUUGGAUGAAGGCAGCGACGUCAAUACAUCAAAUGGAAAAGGGAUGACUCCCAUCCACAUUGCAACAUGCGAAGGUCACUGGUCAUGCGCAAAAAAGAUGAUGACGCACUGGUCGGGAUGUAACCUUAAUCGCAAAGUGGAGAUGAAGAGCUACAAUGGAAAGACGCCAUUGAUGGCAGCUGCUUAUAUGGGACACCUAGAUAUCGUCAGCAAAUUGGUGCAGCACAAUACUGCACUUGAGUCUCGGGACCACUUCCGCGACACAGCACUAGCUUAUGCGGUGCGUGGAAACCAACCGAAGAUUGUGAGGUAUCUUUUGGAUGAAGGCAGCGACAUCAACACAUCAAAUGAAAAUGGGAUGACUCCCAUCCACAUUGCAACAUGCGAAGGUCACUGGUCAUGCGCAGAAAAGAUCCUGAUGCACAGGUCGGGAUGUAACCUCAAUCGCAAAACACACGAUGGACACACCCCAUUGAUCUUUGCCAUUGAAAAGAACGAGUCUUGCUUCAUUAAACUUUUGGUUCAACAUCCACGCGUUGAUCUCGCAAUGGCGGGUGCAAGAGGUUUCAACAGUUUACAUCACGCAGCGAGGAAAAAUAGCAAAAACACCGUUGAGAUGAUUUUGCAGAAAGCACCAGAUAUGCUCAACAUCCAGAAAGAUGACGGUUUCACUGCACUGCACAUCGCUGCUUACAACGGCUUCCUAGAUAUUGUGUUAACCCUUGCUAGACGGGUGAACUGCAAGAGAGAUCUUACAACCAUGGCUGGGAACACGGCACUGCAUCUAGCCAUUCCAGAAAUGCACACCCAGUGCAUUAAACAUCUGGUCAAGUUGGGCGCCAAUGUGAACACACAGGACGCAGAUGGUAAUACCAGCCUCCACCUUGUCAUGAUGAAAUCCACCAUGCAAGAUAGCCCAGUAGACUUCGUCGAACUCGCACUUUUCUUCAUCGAAAACCACGCUGAAAUCUACAUUAAGAACAACGAUGGAAAGAAUGUACUUGGUGUCACUGUUAAUCCAUACACUAAGAAGAUACUGAAAAAGGCUUACAAGAAACUGUGA